UCAAAUUCCACGUGGAUAAUAUGGUGUGCGUCAAACCUUUCCCUUCAGUCUUCCCAAAGUGACAAGCAUCUCUCUGUUUCGGUUGCGCCUGUAAACGCAGAAGAAGAUGGAGAGGAAAAUCGGAAAUGGCGGACAAGCCAAGCCGAGCAUUGGUUUUGUACGGAUAUGGGUUGGCCCGUUUCAUCAGCCCAUCUCACGAUCAUCUCCAUUCUCUCGCAUCAAAAGCUUCCUGUGGUUCUGUUCAUGGGAAUGAAGCUGUUGUAAUCACAAAAAAUUCAACUUUGAAAGUUUUUGGUGCCAAACUUGGCUUAAUUGUGUUGGAAUCCAAUGACCUAGUUAAAAACCUGCAUUCCCUUGCGAAAGUACCAGCGGAUGUUGUGGCGUCUGAGUUGCUAAACUUGCUUGGAUUUAAAGAAGGGAAGACUCUAGAGACAAGCGAGUAUAAUUUAGUUUGUGUGUAUUAUGUCAAUGCUUUGGUUGGGGAUAUAAUGAAGAUAGCCCAACCUGGAUCCGAAAUUGGUUCCCGCCUGCAUUUGUCCCUCGUGAUGAGCUAUGGCCAUGUCCCAGAGGACAAUGAUCCCAACUUACCAGUUUUAACUACUAAAGAUGAGAAAAAAUCUGAUCUUUUAAUGCUAUGGAGCCUUCUAGUCUCGACAUUGGAUUUGGAAACGGAUCAUAAAGUGUGUAUAUAUAACUCAAUACAGAGAGAGAGAGAGAGGUGUGUCGUAUUGAUCAUAAACGUAAUUCACUUGGAGAAUGUUAUUUGUAUACACUGGCAUUCAGCAGAUUUAUCCAAAACCAUCGAUCCCCUGCGCAAACCCCAUAAACCCAGACACAUUGCUCAAUGGCCAAUCCCUCAGGAAGUGUUUCAGGCAAAGGACCCAUCACUCAUGUCAUCUUCGACAUGGACGGUCUCCUUCUCGGACGGAAUCUGCCUUAACAUUUCACACAAAUGUUACACCAUGAGAGGAGAAAAUCAACGGGAAGAUGUAAGGCAUCAUUUCCCCAUAUUGAUUACCCAAUGGCAGUAUGGUGUAACCCGCAAGGAUAUGGCCGAGAUGUUUUCCUUUAAAGAUUUUUUGGAGCAUGGUGGAAAUCUUGCCAUACCAGCAGAUCGGUUUCUGCACGAGGUCGCCUUUAAGAUUUGGAAGGCCCCCAAGUAUGGAGCAUGAAAUAUAUUUAUCAACAUUCCAGAUAUGUAGGAUAAGCUUAAAAUUUGAGCAUCUAAGAUGGAUCAGAGAGAUGGAGCUUCCUGGUUUGAUUCUCUAUGCUAAACGAUUCUGUUAUUUACUUUUGGUCAAAUCAGGCACUGGUUAUAAUAGGACGAUUUUGCUUUUGACCUUGAUAUUGAGACACACCUUUACAUUCAUUUUCCUAA